AUGGAGGCUGGCGCUGCUUCCCGGGUGCACCAGCACCCGUAUUACCCUCCGGGCGUCGCGAUUCCUGGCUGGGCGCCGGAUGACGCGCCACGGUUGCGCCAGGCGCCCUUGUUCGUGGCCGUCAUCGGCGCCAUCGCCACCGUCGCAUACCGUCAGGCGUGCAGGAGCAGUCAUGCCCCGCGUUUCAUAGACCGCUUCGCCGCGGCGUGGUUCUCCGUCUGCUGCUUCUUACACGUCUGCUUUGAAGGAUACUACAUCUACAACCGCACAAGGAUAGCAGGGCUACAAACACCAUUCGCUCACUUGUGGAAGGAGUACGCCUUGUCCGACUCGCGCUACCUCACCUCGGACGUCUUCACCGUCUGUGUCGAGACCAUCACCGUAUUUGCCUGGGGACCCCUGUGCCUGCUCACCACCAUCUCCAUUCUGGUCGGCUCGUCCUCGCGUCACGUCAAUCAAGCCAUCAUCUGCACUGCGCACUUAUACGGUGUUGCGCUCUACUACGCGACCAAUUGGGCGGAGCAGCGCUUCGCCGGUGUCUCCUACAGCCGACCCGAGUUCCUCUACUAUUGGGUCUACUACGUGGGGUUCAAUAUGCCGUGGGCAGUAGUUCCCCUUGUCUUGCUGUAUGAUAGCUACGCCCAGGUGGGCAAGGCGUUCGGGGCCUUGCAGGACGGGGCCAAGCAGCGGAAGAACACUUGA